AUGUCUUCUGUUGCAGCCACAGAGACACCCGACAAGGCAAAUGAUGACUCGUCUAAGCUGAAAACUUUCCUUUCCAUUCUCCGCAAGUUCGUUGGCGUGGCAGACAUCGCAUCUGUCCGUUUCUCCUUACCUGCAAAUCUUCUGGAGCCCACACCGAAUUUGGAAUAUUGGAACUACCUCGACAGACCGGAAACUUUCGCGAGGCAAGAUCACAGCAUAGGGAAGUCGGAUGAACCCGUUGGUCGAAUGCUGGAAGUGUUGAGGUUCUGGUUUACCAAGGAUCUGAAAUAUAUCAAAGGCAAACCUUGCAAACCCUACAAUUCGACACUGGGUGAGUUCUUUCGGUGUAGUUGGGAGGUUCAAGACAAUGCGCCCGACAUAUCCUCGCUUCCGACAGCAGGCGUACAAAACGGGACCCUUGCCAAUGGCGGUGACCGCGGAGAAACCGUCAAGAUAUGCUAUCUGACCGAACAGACAUCACACCAUCCACCAGUGUCUGCCUUCUUUAUAGACUGCCCGGCAAGAGGGGUCUCCGCUCGUGGAUUUGAUCAGCUCAGUGCCAAAUUCACAGGCACGAGCAUUCGCGUCGCUCCUGGUCAACACAACCUGGGAAUCUUCGUCAAUAUUGAGAAGAGAGACAAUGAGGAAUACCAGCUGACCCAUCCAAGUGCUCAUCUUGGUGGGCUAUUGAGAGGUGCGCUGGCCAUUUCAGUUUCGGAUACGUGUUUUAUCAUCUGCUCCAAAACCCGCAUCAAGGUCAUUCUACAGUAUCUGGAGGACGGCUGGCUUGGUCGAGCCCAGAACAAGGUUGAAGGGUUGAUUUUCCGGUAUGACCCGAACCAGGAUACCAUCACUAGAAUCAAAGAUGUGCCCGAGGGCGAUGUUCUUGCCAAGAUCAGCGGGUCGUGGCAUGGACAGAUCUAUUACACCAUGGCUGGAACAGUUGAGCCUCGUCUCUUGAUUGAUGUAACGCCUCUCUUCCCAGUGCCAAAGACUUUACCUCCCGAGGAAGACCAGUUGUCAAACGAAUCUCUCAAGUUUUGGGCGGGGGUUACCAAAGCCAUCAAGGAAAAAAGAUAUAGUGAGGCUACAAGACUCAAGCAAGAAAUCGAAGAGCGACAGCGAGAAAGGGCAGCAGAGCGGCAACAGAAGAAAGAAUCGUGGCAGCCGCGGUUUUUCACAGGGAGUGUUACACCGUUAGGAAGACCAGAGUUGACCGAAGAGGGAUAUAAAGCCCUGCAGGGCCUUCGUCACGGCGACUAUAAACUGGCGGAAAGCGAAAGAAAAGGCGCCUGA